AUGGGGUCGUCCGCAUCCAAGGCUGCCCUCAGAGCGACCACCGAUGAGCCCUCCGAGCCCGGGCCGAAACACCUGGCGGAUCUAAUCCAAUACAUAAAUGGAACAAAAAGGAGUGUUGAACAUCUGGCUGAUAUUCUUUCUGAGAAAACUAGGAGCAGCAGCUGGGUGGUGGUGUUCAAAGCCCUGAUUACUGUGCAUCACCUUAUGGUGCAUGGAAAUGAGCGAUUCAUCCAACAUCUUGCAUCUAGAAACUCUUUGUUCACUUUAUACAACUUCCUGGAUAAAAGUGUCACAGAAGGCUAUACUAUGUCAACCUUCAUCAGACGAUAUAGCAGGUACUUGAAUGAAAAGUCACUCGCAUAUAGACUGAUUGCAUAUGACAUCACCAAAACCAAGAGAGGGACGGAUGGUGUGAUGAGAACGAUGAACACUGAGGAGCUGCUGAACACUCUUGCGGUUAUUCAAACUCAGUUUGAUGCUCUUCUUUAUUUUAAUGCAAAUCCUGACGAAAUAACUAAUGGUAUAAUACAUGCUGCUUUCAUGCUCCUCUUUAAGGAUUUUCUUCGCCUCUUUGCAGCCUAUAAUGAGGGGAUCCUUAAUCUGCUAGGCAAGUAUUUUGACAUGAGGAAGAACCAAUGCAAGGAAAGUUUGGGUAUUUACAUCAGGUUCCUUGAAAGAAGGACCAAAUUGGCACAGUUCCUGAAAGUUGCAAAGCAAGUUGGAAUUGACCAGAAUGACAUUCCAUAUCUUAAUCAGCAUGAAGAUCAUGAACAGAAGUGGAUCAAUGCGAUUUAUGAGGCGUGA